AAGAUAAGGUGAUCUUCAUCUCUGUAACCGCCCGUUAACAAAGUAUUUUAAACACGCAGAAAGGAGGUGUGGAGUGAUCUGUGACUGAUGGUGGAGGCCAUGCUGACAUCUUCUCUUACUCAACACUGAUUGGACAUGGAACAGCGCUGACCUCAUCCAUUCUCAGCCAAUCAAACACACAUACAGAGGCAAUGGGAAACUCAUAUGCAGGGCAGUUGAAAUCCACUCGCUUUGAGGAGGCGCUCCACAACUCCAUUGAGGCCUCCCUUCGUUCCAGCAGUGGAGAUCCACAGCCCAUUUUCACACAACUGUAUCUGGAGCCAGAGCAGUAUCCUAGCAACCUGGAAGACAUUAAGCCUAAGAUGAACCUAAGUCUCAGGUCUGACCAAGCUGGUCAUAUGCUGAUGAAUGGACAGUCCUCCAAUGGCAUCGAAGAUCUGGAGGAUGAUGACGAAUCAGACAGCAGCAGUCCACCACUGCCUUAUCUACAGGGCCCGGCCCCUGAGGGCUGCUGCACGACGGAUGGUUUCUGCCAAGCUGGGAAAGAUCUGCGACUGGUCUCCAUAGCAACAGAGUCGAUUGAUGUCCCAGCUGGGUUUGAGCUGGUCGGUGCAAAAUCCCCCAGCAUCCCAGAGCACAUACUAGUCUGUGCGGUGGACAAACGCUUUCUACCUGACGAGAACGGGAAAAAUGCACUUUUAGGAUUUUCAGGGAACUGCGUUGGCUGUGGGGAAAAAGGGUUCCGCUAUUUCACCGAGUUCUCCAACCACAUCAAUCUGAAGCUGUCCACGCAACCCAAGAAGCAGAAGCACUUAAAAUACUACCUGGUGAAGAACUCUAUGGGUGCUCUGUGUAAAGGCCCCCUCAUCUGCUGGAAAGAUUGUAAAACCAAACAGUUUUCCACUAGCACCUCCUCAUCCAAGCCCAGCUCUUCAUCGUCCUUGAGCAGUAAAGAAAACGGAGGCACCAACAGCUUUAGCCCCUCUCCGUUCUCCCUGUCAGACUCCCCUCCAACCAGGAUUCACUCCAGCUCCAACUCAGGGCUCUUUGGAGCACAGGACCUGACCAGGGAGUGCAGCUUUCUUAAGCCUUUGUCGUCCAGUCAGGGGACCAAAACCUUACCCAUUGUUCCCACCGCUCUACGAGCAAAUGGUUUGACAAACGGACUAAAUGGUGAGCCACGCCCCGCUCUGCUAAGUCCCACCCACGUGACUCCGCUGGGCACGCCAACACACGGUUACCGACCGACUGAUCCAGGGGACAGCCCUGCUUCCUCUGCCAUGUCUUCAGGCCCUCCGAAAAAGCGUCACCGCAGCUGGCACCCCACCUCUGUGGUGCCCAUCCCUGCCACAGCCGUCCCGGUGCCCGCUAUCCGCCCACUGGCCAGCGCAGGCUCUCUGCUCUCCUUGUCCAAUCCACAGCCUCCGCCUGUGUCAGGUGUAAUCCAACCUCAGCCAGUCACAGCUGGAGAGACUGUCAUAGUCCCAGACAACCUGCUCAACACCUCUGGAGUCCGGCCUGUCAUUCUCAUGGGUCAUGGUACUUUACCAUAUUUCUACGGCAAUGUGGGAGACAUCAUAGUGAGCCCCCUGCUGGUGAGCUGCUUUAAAGGCAGCCAUCUAACAGAGCAAACCCUGGCCAGUCUGGACAUGUCUGCCAGUCAACUCCUCACCGUGGAAACCAUGAUCCUGCUCACCCUACAGUACCUCGCCAGACUAGGUCCGGAGCAGAUCCCCCUGCGCGAGGAGUUUGAGUUCAUUGUGUUGAAGGCCAUGCUCUGUGGCCCUCAGGGGCCCCCUGUGUCCCCGGCUCAGCUGCCCUGGCUGGCCCGGCUCAAGGCCAGUGUGUCCGGCGGGGCGGUGCAGGUGUUGGUUACCCAUCAUUCCCUGGGCGAGGGCAUUUCUGAGUGGCUAAGCUCUCUGAGCGAAGGUGUGAACCAGCAGCAGCAGCGUCAGGGACUGCCCGACUACGUCCUCAUCAUCUGUUCAUCCAAAACCGGCACCAACGAGUUCUGUGUGCUAGUUCUUGGGAAGUACCAGUCCCGAGCACUGGCUGAGGGUAUGUUGACCACUAACGAAUUUCUGAAGGAGAUCAGCUAUGAGCUGAUCACAGGCAAAGUCAGUGUGCUGGCCUCUCUCUUCCGAAGCACCUCUCUAGGAGACAACCUGGAUAAGCAGCUGGUAAAAUAUCAGCGCAGAAUGAAGGACCUCGUCAUCCAGCCCUUUCAGGGCGACAUCACCGAUUACAUCAACCCUGAGGAGGCAGCAGCCAUGCUCCCUGUGUCCAAACCAGACCCAUUGGAUGACGUGUUUCAGAUCCACCCCCCCCAGCUGAGCGUGGCUCGCAGUCUCCUCUCCCAGGUCUGCUCCAUUGCUGACUCCAGCAGCCAGAGUCUGGACCUGGGUCGUUUCUGUAAGGUGGACUUCCUGGUCCUGGUGCCCCCCUCUCACGUCCUGGUGCACCAAACAGCACGACGGAUCCGGCAGUCAGGUGUCCUAGUGGAUCUUGGCAUAGAGGACGCAUCCUCCGCCCCUCAAAGAUCGGAGAAGUAUGUUGUGCGUCUCGACGCUGAUGUUCACACCAAAAUGGAGGCCUUCAUGAGAAAGGUCAAACAGAAUCCCUACACCCUCUUCAUUCUCAUUCACGACAACUCUCACGUCGACCUGACCAGUGCCUUGUCAGGUUCAGUGUGUCACGGUGAACUUCAGGGUUUGGCAGACCGAGUGGUGAACUGUCAGGAGGUCCUGGAGGCUGUCAACCUACUGGUCUUACAGGUCAGCUGCUUCCCCUACACCCUGCAGACCCGCCAAUCACGGAUCAGCGUCCACAACGAAGUGCACUGGCCCCGUCCUAACAGUCUGGGAGAGCCCUCGGCUGAAGACCUGCUUUACUUUGGCCUGGCGGACUAUAGCAGGUCUCUGCAGUGGGGUGUGGCUAGUCCGAUCCUCCGCUGUGACGACGCCUUUGAGAGGAUGGUCACCACUCUGCUAGAGAGGCACCCUCACCUGCACAGCAUGGUGAUCCGCAGUUUCCUGCUGAUCCAGCAGUACACGGAAGCCAUGAUGGCUCUAACGGCGGCUCCCUCGCUGCGGGACCAUGUGACACCGCAGACGCUGGCCAUGGUGGAGGAUCUGAUCAGCGCGCCAGGCUGGGGCGGCAGCGGCCGUGGGCACAUGCUCCUGGUCCGCGUGCCCUCACUGCAGCUGGCCAUACUGGCCAGAGAGAGGCUGGAGGACGCCCGGGACAAACUGGGCCUGCAGUACCGAUUCGCCGUGAUUCUGGCGAGUCCCGCCAGCGAGAUUAGCCUCCCCCCGCACUUCUGUGCCCGACUGAGGGCCUGGCGGUGCUGUAAUGAAGACUGGGUGCCUCAUACAUACGAGGAUCUGGAGGGACUGCCAUGCAUCAUCAUCCUCACAGGAAAAGACCCCCUGGGAGAGACAUUCCCAAGGUCUCUGAAGUACUGUGAUCUGCGUUUGAUUGACUCCAGUUACCUGACUCGCACAGCUCUGGAGCAAGAGGUGGGUUUGGCGUGCUCCUACGUCACCAAGAGUGUGGUCCCAGAUCCCAAAUGGAGUAGCAGCACCUCCACACAGGAGGAGCAGGAGGGUGAGAGGAGUCAUGGAGAAUCAGAUGAACUGCACAUGGAGCUGGAAAGACCACAGAGCAAUGGCAGUGCUGUCACCAGAGCCUCUGGUUCUCUCACAGAGAACGGUGUCAGUUCCUCAGGCGUUCCUGACUCCUCCCACAAGCCUUCUUCCUCAUCCUCAUCCUCUUCUCAGGGCGAGGCUGCAGUCAGUAGUGGGUCAGCGGAGUCCUCCUCCAUCACCUCUCCACGUCACCCGCUCAAACAAGAAUGUGACCUACAGAGACCUUCCUCCCUCACGACCCCUUCCUCCUCUUCCUCCUCUUCCACCUCCUCGAGCUCUUCUCCGUCAUCCACAUCCACUGCCCAGCGACCCAGCCAGUCCACUCAGUCCUUGCGGGGAGGGGGCAGGUCCCUGGUUUUCCCCCGUACAGUCAUCCUGUCUCGAGCUGCCUAUUCCUUGCUGGGACCGGAGGCCCUGGGUAAGCCAAGCUCCUCCUCCCUGCUCCCCCACGCCGACGUGGCCUGGAGCAGCCCCCUCCGACCCCCCGUACCACGUCACCAGGGCGGAGCCCAACAGUCGCACUACUACAGACACUGGACCACAGCCAAACAGCACCAUGCCGACUAUGAGGCCCUGCCCGUGCCACACCCCCGACGACUGCUUCUCACCGGACCCCCCCAGGUGGGGAAGACUGGUGCUUACCUGCAGUUCCUGCGUAUCCUCUUCCGCAUGCUUAUCCGCCUACUGGAGGUGGAUGUCUAUGAUGAAGAGGAGCUGCAUGAUGAAGUAACAGAAGUGUCAGAGUCCUCUCUCACAAGAAGCUCCAAGUGGCCCGAUGUGGAGGAGAUUCAUCAGCUGCCCUUUGACCUUUACCCAUGUGACCCCAAGUUCCGAAAAGCCAGUCCAGUUUACACAGAUAGAAUGCCCAAGAUUUUCAAAGGUAAGCUUUGUGAAAAGAUGGAGGAUGAAAACAAAACUGCAAAAAGAGACACCGUGUCCAUCAGACUCAGCAUGUUUGCUGCCCACAAUGCAUUUCACCACUGUGAGCAGUGUCACAGCUACAGCGAGGCCAGUCCAGCCACUCAGCUGUCGGACUGUACCUUCCAUGCCUUCACGUUCUGUUCAUCCAUGCUGGGGGAGGAAGUGCAGCUGCACUUUGUCAUUCCCAAAGCCAAAGAGCAGCACUUUGUCUUCACUCAGCAAGGCAGUCAUUUAGAGAGCAUGAGACUCCCACUCAUGUCUGACAAGGACCCUAGCUUGUUAAAAAGCCCCAUCUUCACUCCUACAACUGGUCGCCAUGAGCACGGUCUACUCAACCUGUUCCACGCCAUGGAGGGGGCGGACCACCUUCACAUCCUGGUGGUCAAAAAGUAUGAGAUGCCCCUUUACAGGAAAUACUGGCCUAACCACAUCCUCCUCGUCCUGCCUUCCAUGUUCAACAGUUCUGGAGUGGGGGCAGUGCGGUUCAUGAUAAAGGAGCUUUCCUAUCACAACCUGGAGCUGGAGAGGAACCGUCAGGAGGAACAGGGUGUCCACAGACAGGAUGUAUGGCCUUUUAUCGUCAUGAUGGAUGACUCAUGCGUGCUGUGGAAUGCACAUCACCAUCACCACUCGCAGGAUGGAAAUGGCAGUGUCACAGAGGUGACCAACGUGUCUCUGAAGAGUCUACUACAGCAUAUAGAGGCCACGCCCAAAGUGGCUUCCUACGCCAUGUUUGGCACACGGAAGUGGAGCAGCGCGUUGGCGUCACGUCCGCCCACCAGGCCUUAUUCCCGUUGUCACCUCCACGACUUUGUCAUGCUCAACGUGGACCUCACCCAGAACGUGCAGUAUGACCUCAACAGGUACACGUGUGAGGAGGUGGACUUUAACCUGCGUGCCAACAGCAGUGGCCUGUUACUGUGUCGUUUCAAUAACUUCAGUUUCAUGAAAAAGCACAUUCCUGUGGGUGGCCACAAAGACUUCGUCAUCAAACCCAAACUCAUGGCUAUGGACAGUCCCACACCCAUCAGUGCGGCUCAGUACGUGUGUGCCCCCGACAGUGAACCCACCCUGCUGGCUGCUCCUGCACAGUUCCUGCUGGAGAAAUUCCUUCAGAGCUGCAGCCACAAGCUCUUCCCUAAGGCAGUGUAUAACCAUAGCAACCCCAUCCUGUCGAUCGACAGUUACCUCAACAUCGGCCCGGAGGUGUCAGUGUGUUACGUGAGCUCACGGCCUCACUCAGUGAACAUGGAUUACCAAGGUGUUGUGUUUAGCGGACUGCUGCUCUACCUGUGUGAUUCCUUCGUGGUCUCUGGUCUUCUCAAAAAGUUCCGCUUCCUCAAAGGUGCCACGCUGUGUGUGAUCUGCCAAGACCGCAGCUCUCUACGGCAAACCAUUGUCCGUCUGGAGCUGGAGGACGAGUGGCAAUUCCGUCUGAGAGAUGAAUUUCAAACUGCCAACUGCAGCGAGGACCGCCCCCUCUACUUUCUCACGGGACGCCACAUCUGACACCUACCCUCUCCUAAAAAAUAAAAAAGCAUUCUCCAGCGUGUGAAACUCAAGUGGGGCUCCGGAAAGAGAUGGAUACAUAGAGCAGCAGGAAGUAUGGAACUAGAAAUCAAGAUUUCAUCAAUUGGGCCAGUGGUUUUUUUUUCCCACACUUUUUCCAAUGGCCAUCAAUGUGAAUUUGUAGGAGCUCUGAAGAGACUCUUUUCUCUGCACUAUCUGAAGGAGAAGACAGUGGGGAGGUGGGGGUGGGGAAGUAGAGAGUCAUGAAAUGGAAUGCCAGGAUCACCAAAGUGUAUCAUCAUCCACCAACAAACAAGUCCUUCAGCCAAUCAGCUUUUUGGAGGCUGUGUAAUGAGAACUGUCGGGAAGCUAUGAACUUGUUUGUGUUAUUAAAUCCUGCAGAAGCUGCAGGAUCUCCUGGAAACGAUUUUAAAUGUGGGCUUUGGCUGCCCAAAACUUCUGUAUGUCCAAAAAAAUGGACAUGUUAGCAACCUCAGGGAGUUUUUUGUCACAAGGCAAAGAAAAACUUUGUCACUUCUGCCUUUCUCUGUCUAACGUAUAAACAUCUUUGUAUGUGGUGGACACUUCUCUCUGGAUACCAUCAAUCACUCAAACAGAUCCCUCUUGACUUUAUUUUAUACAACAAUGACAGUUAAGUUGAAAAAUUAUUAAAAAGAGUCGCUUUGCUUGUGCGACCUGGUGAUUUGAUGUUGGUUGAUAUCACUGUCAUUGUUGUAGCUUUUCUACAUCUUCCAACAUCACCAACCCUUUCUGACACUGGUGAAUGGUUUAGAAUAGAUUAGACAACACACUGGUCAGCUUCAAACCCAGUCAGACUCUUACACUGUGUGAAGACUAACAUCCGUAGAUCCUUUACGUUUCAGUGCUGAACCAUGGAUUCCACUUUGUGACCUUGUCUUUAUUUUGCCUUCAUUUUGCCUUCACUGUUGUUUGUAAUUGUAAAAGCCCAGUGACCUAUGCCUGGUUUCAAUCAGCCUUAACCACACUUGGAAAAUGCAGGGUAUCCUGCAGCAGUUAGCUCGCAGCUUUGUGAAGGCAGAGGUUGAGUGGUUUAAUUGUGAAAUCCAAGGUGACUUAGGUCCAUUGUGACUUAAGCCACAUCAGAAGGUUUCUCAGUGGACUUAUGCAAGAUGUCCAAGGGCUGUGGACAUAUCACUGCAUAGCCCAUGGAGUUCAAAGUGUGAGAAUGUUUAAAAGCCCCUGUGAAAACCAUUGUAUUAGAUAAAAAAUGUUAUUUGUGUUUAAAAGAGGUGCAUGCCAACACAGGUAAUGAGACACCACUAACCAUGGAGGAGCAUUCUGUGCCCACAAGUCAGUGGUGCCAACACUGAGACAUUCAUUGGCACUAACAGGUUAUUACUGAUAAAUCCAUUAACAGAAUGGUAAAGUUAUCAGGUCCAUUCUUCAGAAUGAGAUCAGGGAUGACACCGUGGCUUUUGGGAAUCCAUCAGAAAUGUGUUAAGUGUAUUUGUGGGUGGGAUAUUCAAAGUAAAUCAUUUUGGGGGAGGGAUACAAAUGUGAAGAGCUUUGUUUACAUGGAAGAAGAAGCUGAUAUUUAUGUACAGACUCUGUAGUUGCUUUGUGUUUAAUUUUUUUUUCUAAGACGUGAGUCACUUUUUGAGCCAUAAGUGUUAAUGACAUUCUGCAUUUUUUGAGAUUUUUGCCAAGGCACAAAGA